AUGCCGUGCGGCGAUUCUGAACAAGAAUCGUCACAGUCGGCUCCGGCGCCAUCGGAAUACGAAUGGGAGCUAUGUCGUGAGAAUAUCAAACCGCUCAAGACUGGACGCCGUGUUGAAGCGAUAAACCAGGCCCUUGCUCUUAGCGCCCAUGGCUCAAAGGCGCAGUCGCUAGCAACGCAGAAGUACGAUGAAAUUAUGGAAUUGUGUGACCAGUCAUCGGACCCUCUCAAGCAUUGCCUUGAGUUCUGCACCUGGUUCGACCAAACAUUUCCACAUGGACGUCAACGCUUGUAUUAUUCGUUGCUAUGGAAAAUAGUACACAAAUACGCUAAAUGUCCAGAAUAUCUUGACGACGAAAGAAUGUUGCGUAUUUGGGAGAAGUUGGCCGAUAAUAGUCUUGAUCAUGGAUGGGAGAUUUAUCAGCAUGCAAACACCAUCGGAUCUUUAGUCAGAUGUGCGCAGCUAUAUAUUCGUUGGUCCGAAGAUCUGGAGAUGCGUGGUGCGAUAGCAGACGCGAGAGCGGUGUUGCGUCGUGCAAGACGAAAUGGGGCGCUGCCACCGGAAGCGAUAGACAAUGCCGAGGACCAGCUGGAACUGCGAGAGGUUCGACGUCACCUGCAGAGAGAGAAUGGCGACGAUUCAUGGGAUGAGGACGAUGCCCUAGACGAAAAUGGCGAACGAGUGGCGUUCACCCGACUUGACAGGUUUGUCGGAGACUCAUCGGAGGCUCCAGUUGUCCGCCUACCUUGCAUUGUUGGCGAGCAAGGCAGCAGCAAACUAGAUCGAGGUCAACCGAAACAGAAACCUGUCAACAACGGUGUGCCGGCAUUCCAGAUUUUUGAGGAUGAUGGAGAUGGCGCUGACAAUUAUCUAGAAGAAAUCUUCGAAAUGGAUAAUCACAUAGAACGCUUUUCCCUCAACGAUCACAACGCAGAGAAAUGGAAAGCUAGCAAGGUUCCUCUGAAGAAGCUGGGAAACUGCGUGAGCACCUUCAGUGUCUGGGUGGAUGACGAAAACAAAGAGAACCGAGAUCCGAACAAUGGAGGAAAGCCUGUCAAGAAACCCGUGCUCAAAUUACAUAAGUUCCUCGUUAAGGAUAUGUCCAUUGAGGAAUAUUUGGCUAGCAAGUAUGAGAGCAAGGAAGCUGACGACAGUAUGAAGAAGAUCGCAAGAAAAAUCGAUUUUGACGAAGACUGA